GCAAGUUGUUUGUUACAUUCUGAAACAGCAGCAGCUUUCCUGCACUCUCGAGCUCCCAACUCUCUUCCCAGGUUCUGCUGCCCCCUCUCCUCAUUUUCCCCCCUUUCUUCCCUUUGCUUUUUUUUUCUUUCCUCAUUCCUUCUACUUCUGGACUUAGCAAUAACUCCUUCCCUGCAUUUCCCCCCCCUCGUUCCUUUCUCUCCCUUUUUAUAAUAAAUACCAUAUCCCACCCCCUUUCUAAAGUCAUUAUUAGCCUCCCCCCCCCUCCCCUGCUUCUCUCUGCCUGCGCUGGAAAACGUAAAAGGAAAGACAGUGGAAAAAUACUCUGGUUGAGUAAGGGGAGGGGGGCGAGAGAGAGACAGAGAGAGAGGGAGAGAGAAACAGCCCACAAGAAAGCGGAGAAUCGAAACAGAUGAACUACAAAUGAGAAAGAAAAAAAAGAUGGAAUUGCACAUUUUAGAGCACCGCUUAAAAGUAGCGAGCAUAGCGAAGGACAGCAUCCAAUUGUUUACCUAUGGAUUGAUCAAACUGGCGUUCCUCUCCUCCAAGACCAGGUGCAAAUUUUUCAGCCUGACUGAGACACCUGAAGACUACACGGUCAUAGUGGAUGAAGAAGGAUUUUUAGAGCUUCCUUCAUCAGAACAUUUGAGUGUAGCCGAUGCAACAUGGCUGGCCCUCAACGUCGUCUCGGGAGGAGGUGGCUUCUCCGGCUCUCAGCCUAUCGGUGUGACCAAAAUUGCCAAAUCAGUCAUAGCUCCACUAGCCAAUCAGAAUAUCUCAGUGUUUAUGCUCUCCACCUAUCAGACAGACUUUAUUCUGGUACGCGAGAGGGACCUGGCCUUUGUCACUCACACCCUGGCUUCUGAGUUCACCAUCCUCAGAGUCGUGAAUGGGGAGACUGUGGCAGCCGAUAACCUUGGGAUAACCAACGGAUUUAUGAAACCAAAACUGGUGCAAAGGCCUGUCAUCCACCCCCUUUCCAGUCCGAGUAACAUGUUCUGUGUCACCAGCCUGGACCCUGAUACCCUUCCCUCUGUUGCUACACUCCUUAUGGAUGUCAUGUUUUACUCCAAUGGAGUAAAAGAUUUAGUGGCAAGCAAUGAAGAUUCUGAACACAUUCGUUUUUUCUCAUUUUCUCUUAUUGAGGGAUACAUUUCUUUGGUGAUGGAUGUACAGACGCAGAAAAGGUUUCCUACUAAUCUGUUGUUUACAAGCGCAUCAGGAGAACUCUGGAAGAUGGUUCGCAUUGGAGGGCAACCUCUCGGCUUUGAUGAGUGUGGAAUCGUGGCUCAGAUCUCUGAGCCUUUAGCUGCCGCAGACAUCCCUGCCUAUUACAUCAGUACUUUUAAGUUUGAUCAUGCACUGGUUCCAGAAGAAAAUAUCAACGGUGUUAUCAAUGCACUCCAAGUCAGUCAACCUGAAAAAUAUUAAUUUUUUUUCCCCCUGAAUGGGACCUAGGUGUAUUUUAAAACAAAGAAUUCUUCUCAGUAUUUCCUAGCAAUGGGGUGGGUGGUUCUUUCUUUCUUUUUUUUUUUCUUUUUUACUCCAAAGAGAGCACGGGAGAAAUAUUGCCAUGCCACGAAGAAGUGAUGAAACAAAAGACUAUUGCAUAGGCAAAUUGACUCCCAGUAGCUUUUUACAAAAUAGUAAUAAAUA